UCCCACAACACCCUGCUCCUGCUCUCACAGAUGACGAAAAUGGCGGACAACGCAUCAUCGGUCGAGAUUGUUGAAGGCUGUCGACUCCCCGUUCUUCGUAAAAACCAAGAGCACGAGGACGAAUGGCCACUGGCUGAAAUUCUAAGCGUGAAGGAAGUCUCAUCGAGAAAGCUUUAUUAUGUUCACUAUAUUGACUUCAACAAGCGCCUGGAUGAGUGGGUCACAGGGGAUAGGCUGGACAUGAAGAAGCUUCAGUUUCCUAAAAAAGAAGCUAAAACACCAACCAAGAAUGGUCUUCCAGGCUCCCGUCCCAGUUCCCCAGAGAGAGAAGUGAGGAAGAGUCUAGAUCUCAACGUACAAUCUGCCACAGCUCCUUCCAGAGGCAAAACCCUCCCCACACCGCUAUCGGAUCAUGCUGAACUGCAUGGAAAUCCAGAUAUAAACAACCAUGACACAAAAAAAGAAGAUGGUGAUCCGGUCGUGCAGAUCACAUCUGGAAGUGGUUUAACUCACAGUGUAUCCAAAAGUUUGUCAGGUGUAUGCACUGGACUUGUCAAGCCACAUUUCAACUUCAAAUCUUUCAAGAAGAGGAAAGUAGAGACCGUCCCCUUGGCGACUCAGGUAUCCCCGGCCACCCCCGUGCCCUCCCUGCCAAGUUCAGCUGAAGCCUCUCAGGCAUCUGUUUUUCCUGCUGUGAGGGAGACCAACACCUUCAAGUCCCGCGAAGACCAUGAACAGAUCUCCUCGCUCACAACGAACGGCACUGCCCGACGACUCAUCCCCGCGCAGCCCGGGAGGAAGAGGAAAGCUAACUGUGGGGGAACUGACGAAAUGAUAAAGGUUUUGCAGUAUAACAACCCUCAAAGUGCCAGUGUCUUUCUACCACCACCAGAGGAUUCCCAAGACAGUUCGGACGGCAUCCCAUCUGCACCCCGCAUGACAGGCAGUCUGGUGUCCGACCGCAGCCAUGACGACAUCGUCACCCGGAUGAAAAACAUAGAGUGUAUAGAAUUAGGACGUCACAGACUGAAGCCCUGGUAUUUCUCACCGUACCCACAGGAACUCACCACAUUGCCCAUCCUCUACCUCUGUGAAUUCUGUCUCAAGUACCUCAAAAGCCUGAAAUGUCUUCAGAGGCAUUUGACAAAAUGUAAUCUAAGACAUCCUCCAGGCAACGAGAUCUACCGCAAAGGCACCAUCUCAUUUUUUGAGAUUGACGGCAGGAAAAACAAAACUUAUUCCCAGAACCUGUGUUUACUCGCUAAGUGUUUCCUGGACCACAAAACCUUGUAUUACGACACAGACCCUUUCCUCUUCUACGUAAUGACAGAGUAUGACCCCAAAGGCUUCCACAUAGUGGGCUACUUCUCUAAGGAAAAAGAGUCUACUGAAGAUUACAACGUUGCCUGCAUCCUGACCCUGCCUCCCUACCAGCGGAGAGGCUAUGGCAAACUGCUCAUUGAGUUCAGUUACGAGCUGUCCAAGGUAGAAGGGAAGACCGGCACUCCUGAGAAGCCACUUUCUGACCUCGGUCUUUUGUCCUAUCGCUCCUACUGGUCCCAGACCAUCUUGGAAAUUCUCAUGGAUCUUAAACCUGACAAUGGAGAAAGGCCGCAGAUAACCAUCAAUGAGAUCAGUGAGAUCACGAGUGUAAAGAAAGAAGAUGUCAUUUCAACACUUCAGUACCUCAACCUCAUCAACUACUACAAGGGUCAGUACAUCCUGACUCUUUCAGAGGACAUAGUGGACGGGCACGAAAGAGCGAUGCAGAAGAGACACUUGCGCAUUGAUCCAAAAUGCCUUCACUUCACACCUAAGGACUGGAGCAAGAGGGGCAAGUGGUAGAGUCCCGGCUCAGUUCACUGAACACCCUCCCCGCACCGCCAGAUAGCAGACUUGAAGCAAACAGUGGAUCAGAUAAAGGUUUUAUUUCUCAGUGUGUCUCACCGAGAACCUCAAAACCUUUCUGAAACCAGGACUCCUCUUCAGAUAAAAACACAAUGAACAUUAAGUGUCACUUGAGAUGCAUAAGCUUUUAUUGUGAAUAUUCAUUGUAUAUUGUGAGUUUAAAAAGCUCUCAGACUUGGGGACAAAAGAGAGGCUGGUUAACGGUGACAUCGCCAAAAUAUACACCACACCUACUACUGUGUAAAAGAUCCUGUUUAUGACCAACAGUGCGUUAAAAUAGAGAUAUGGUGUCUGUUUAAUAGUGUAAAUUAGAACAUACGGACCACCUGAUGGAAGCAAGAUGGUUGCUUUUAUAGACAAUGAUGAGUUCUACAGUGAAUUGCCUCAUCUGUUGAUGACUCCACGUUAUGUACAAACCACAAAGGGGGUUUCCUUUCCUUAAAUUCAACAUGGAACAGUUUUGUUUUUUUGCUUUGACCAACACAAACACAAGUGUGUGAUUUUGUCUACAUCCUUUCUAUCUGCUGCACAAAGAACUGGCGUGGAAUUGUCGUCGUCAGAAUUAUUAAUGUUCCCCAGAAGACUUCAAAUUACUUGUGUAAAUCUAUCCAAUAACAUCGAUUUAGUUUGUCAUGGACCUCAACAGCUUAGGUUUCUUAAAAUACAAGACCUGUUAGCACUCCUUAAAGGUAUGCUAUUCUGGGUUGUCGGUUACUGGUUGGAAACACGCUCGCCGGUGAAAGUGAAAUUAAAAGACAACCCCAGAUUCACUUUCAUUUGCCGAUCAUGUGUUUGCAUUUUGCCGGCGUUGCGUGUCUUGGAUGUCUGCUGCCACAGUCUGCCACCAGGGGUCUCAUUUAUAGACAUUGCGAGGCAUACGCCACUUGUCACGCAAAAGUUGUGAUUUAUAGAAAGAGACGUGAUGGGAGAAACUUUGACCCAUGCUUAUGAACAUUUUUAAGUCGGGAAAUUGGCGAUGCAGAUGGUGAAGUGGAAGCCUGAUUGAUUUUUGCCGCACGCCAUUUUUGGCUUUUGCUUGUUCGUACAAUUUUAGUGUGGAUCCUAUGUAUUGUUUUAUAAAUGAGACAUUUGGUCGCUACUUUGUCAUGAACCCCGACCACACCUAAGCGCUUAGGGUGUACACGCCUAUAAAUGUUCCAAACACAGAAAAUACAGGCAGAGGGCAGAAUCAGUGCAGAAAAAUAAACCUUUACGCACCUCAAAUGAGUCAUUACGUGAUGACUGAGAGGUCUGUAUGAGUCUAUACAUUUUAUUUAAGGAGAAUCCUGCAUAGUAUAUCUGUAAACAAUAGUUAUAACUUCUGUCUGAACAGCACUCCAAAAAUGUUGUCAUCUCUUUCUACUUUAAAUAUAGAUUUUUUUUAAAACAAAGUGUGCAGGCUUCAGAGUAUCUCCCAAACCUCUAACUGAUUAAAGAUUCUAUGGUCUUUUAACUAACAGGGAGAACAGAGAUGUCGUAGUACCAAUAUGGCUCACUUGUAAAAAUAUUUAUGUUCCAAAAAACAGCCAGAACAAUUUGGAUACAGACAAAAAAAAAUCAUAACUAGACAUGAAGACCUAUAAUUAUAAUGUUGCUUCAGCUCCAGCGUGGUCAGUUCAGGCUUGUUAUCUUUUACAGUCGUAGCUCUGCGUUUCAUUUCCCUAUGUUUGAACUAGAUGGAAGUAUUUAUGCUCUUUGUUCGUGAUCAUCCAGAUGAUUCUUCCUUUUUCAGAUAAUCCCCCAUCAUGAUCAUCUGUGCCGUGUGCAAUGAGACAAAUCAACUCCCCCACUUUAAACAUACGUUCCCCCGCACCUGUACAUACUGAACCUGAUUGUAAAAAAAAAAAAAAAAAAAAAAAACACAAGAAAA